AUGGCUACGCGAGAUGAAGCUAAACGAGAAAUCCAUCACAUUUCAAAAGAUGUAUCGGCUCGGAUCAGCACCGCUCAGGUGAUCGUCUCGCUAGGAUGUGCUGUUCGACAACUAAUAGACAAUUCACUUGAUGCAUCUGCACACUCAAUAGGUAUCGAUUAUUUUAAUCAGUAUGAUGUCGGAUAA